UGGAGCAGCGGCGGGAUGAGGCCGGGUUUCAGCCCCCGGGGGGGGCGCGGAGGCUUCGGGGACCGGGGGGGCCGCGGGGGCGACCGGGGGGGCCGCGGGGGCUUCCGGGGGGGGCGAGGCGGCGGUUUCAAGUCCCCCGGGGGGGGCCGCGGCGGCAGUUUCGGGGGCCGAGGACGAGGAGGCCCCGGCCGGGGGGGCCGGGGGGGGCGCGGAGGCCGGGGGGGCUUCAAGGGGGGCAAGAAGGUGACGGUGGAGCCCCAUCGGCAUGAAGGGGUGUUUAUCUGCCGGGGGAAGGAGGACGCGCUGGUCACCCGCAACAUGGUGCCGGGGGAGUCGGUGUACGGCGAGAAGAGGAUCUCGGUCGAGGAUGGUGACACCAAGGUGGAGUACCGCGCCUGGAACCCGUUCCGCUCCAAGCUGGCCGCCGCCAUCCUCGGGGGCAUCGACCAGAUCCACAUCCGCCCGGGGACCAAGGUCCUCUACCUGGGCGCCGCCUCGGGGACAACGGUGUCCCACGUCUCCGACAUCGUGGGGCCGGAGGGCCUGGUCUACGCCGUGGAGUUCUCGCAUCGUUCGGGACGCGACCUCAUCAACGUGGCCAAGAAGCGCACCAACGUCAUCCCCGUCAUCGAGGACGCCCGGCACCCCCAUAAGUACCGGAUGCUGAUAGGGAUGGUGGACGUCAUCUUCGCCGACGUGGCGCAGCCCGACCAGUCGCGCAUCGUCGCGCUCAACGCCCACAACUUCCUGCGCAACGGCGGCCACUUCGUGAUCUCCAUCAAGGCCAACUGCAUCGACUCGACGGCGGCGCCCGAGGCCGUGUUCGCCUCGGAGGUGAAGAAGCUGCAGCAGGAGAAGCUGCGGCCCCAGGAGCAGCUCACGCUCGAGCCCUACGAGCGCGACCACGCCGUGGUGGUGGGCGUCUACAGGCCCCCCCCGAAGCAGAAGUGACCCCGGUGACGUCGCCCCCGCCCCGCGGUUCGGGGCAAAUUCUCGCGGUUUUGGGUUUUCUGGGGUGGGUUUUUAUUAAAAGAGAGGCAAAAAGGA